AUGUGAAGGCACGAAGGCAUGCUGCAAAGUUGCGAGAGGAAGAAUUUGAUGUUGUUGUUGAGAAUUUUUUAGAGAAAGUCUGCUGUCUGCUGUGUGUGCCAUAGGUUGAUGUUUAAACAUCAGGUCCUGCAGUGUCACAGAGAGCAUUACAGCAAAAGUGCAAGUGCUUCUCUUGUGAACACGUGCAUUAAUGAGGAUUAUUUGCACAAAUGUAGUGCAGAGUGCACGGUGCCUUGUUUGUUGUUGGAGUCUGGUAGAGGGCAGCUGUGGGUUUGCUACACUUGCCAUUACAAGAUUAGCAAAGGGGAAUUCCCACCUGAAUGUGUGGCAAAUAAUUUGGGGGUGGACCCGAUUCCUCCUGAGCUGGCUUGCUUAAACAGCUUAGAGCAACACUUAAUUGCACUAAAUAUCCCCUUCAUGAAAAUGCUAGCUUUGCCUAAAGGGGGGCAAAAUGGUGUCCAUGGGCCUGUGACUUGUGUUCCGGCCAAUGUUGUAGAAACGACAAAUUUGUUGCCACGGUCAAAUAUGGAAGGCUCUAUGCUCCGUGUCAAACUCAAAAGGAAGCUGACUUACAAAGGACACUACGAGUACCAUUUUGUUGACAGCAUGCACAUUCGUGAAGCCUUGAGGUAUCUGAAAGAGUCUAAUGUGCAUUAUGAAGAUAUAGAGUACAACGAGGAGUGGGUCAAUGACUUUUGUAGGGAACCUGAUGCCUCUCAGGUGGAGGACAGUGUUCCUGCAGUAGAUGUCACACCGCCUCUAGAUGCAGAAGAUGAGCUUCUUCAUGAUAGACAGCAACACUGCAUGUUUCAGGACACAUGUUUAAUGCCAGUUGACAUUGGUCAGGAAGCGCUAGAUCAGUAUUACGACAAUAUAUUGAAUGUGGCUCCGGCAGAAGGCAAUAAUCCUGUGAGGUUGCUUUCUGACCAUUCGAAUGAAGCUAAAUGUUUCCCAGUGUUGUUUCCACGCGGCCGUUUCACGUUUCAUGACACUCGACAAUAUAGGCUGACGGCGUCGCGAUAUUUCAAUAAUCGUAUCAUGCAUGCUGAUAAGCGGUUUGGGCAGAAUGUGGAAUACAUAUUCUAUGCUCAGUACUUGUGUGAACUUGUGCAGGUGGUGUCGAGCAUUUCCAUUGCUUUACGCAAAGGAAUUGCUGGUUUGGUGGCAAAAAUGGCCAAGGAUUUGUUGACCAACGAUGAGUCGUUAAAGACAUUGUUGGAAUGUGACCAGGGCUAUCAUUUUCUGAAGCCCAUCAGAGGCACUCCAGCCUUUUGGCAGAGUACGCAGCGCGAUAUUUUGGCUUGUGUGCGUCAGCUUGGUGUUCCCACGUGGUUUUGCUCUUUUUCGUCUGCUGAUUUACGGUGGCAAAACUUGGUAGACUGUGUUUUGAGGCAAGAGGGUAGAACGCAAACGGCUGCAGAGUUGGAGUGGGCUGACAGGUGUGAUUUGUUGAGACGGAAUCCUGUGACUGCUGCACGGAUGUUUGAUUUCCGGUGGCAUGUCUUUCUCAGAGAGGUGAUAAUGUCUUCGAGCCAACCGAUUGGCAAAGUUGUAGACUAUUUUUACCGGGUGGAAUUUCAGCAGCGUGGUUCCCCGCAUGUACAUUGUUUGUUCUGGGUCGAGAAUGCCCCACGUAUUGAAGUGAACUCAGAUGAAGAAGUCACAAAGUUUAUUGAUAGAUAUGUUACUUGUGAAUUGCAGCCACAGGAUGAAGGAUUGACAGAGACAGUGUCUUCCGUACAGCAGCAUUCUAAGAGACACUCUAAAACGUGCAAAAAGAAAAACACAGUGUGUCGUUUCGGUUUUCCCAAACCUGUGUCAGGACGAACAUUUAUUAGCCAUCAGUUUGACGGACAGGGACAAAAAACAUGCACUUGUCAGGUUAGCCAAUCAACCGGUGUUAAAACAUGCACAUGUCCAAAAGCAUCCCAAAAUGCCGUAAACAUGAAAGCAGAAGAGGCAUCGGAAAUCAUAAAAUCCAUUAAAACAGCCCUGGCUGACGAGAACCACGCAUAUCAAAGCGUGGAACAUUUGUUCCAUAGUCUCGGUAUAACACAAAAUACUUUUGAGGCCGCACAUCGCCGCUUGGGUCGUCGUACGGAAGUCAUAAUGAAGCGUCAAAUCAAUGAGGUUUGGAUCAAUCCAUACAGCAAACCUCUGCUUAAAAUGCUGGAAUGCUAAUAUGGACAUCCAGUAUGUCGUUGAUGCGUAUGCGUGCGCGGUUUAUAUAAUCUCGUAUAUUUCCAAAGCUGAGAGGG